AUGCAUCUCACCAACGUCACCUCGCACACCAUCCUCGCCAAGGCACGCUCCCCACUCGCUCGCCCUCUCCUCACCUCUUCCCGUUCCCCCUCGCUCUCCCUCGUUCCCCCUCGCCCUCCCUCGUUCCCCCUCGCUCUCCCUCGCUUCCCUUCGCGCCCCUCUCUCUCUCUCCAUGCGACAUGCCUCAUUUUGUGGGUAUCGUCAUCUCCGUGUGGGCAUACUUUCCCUCCCUCCCUCCCUUCCUCCCUCCCUCCCUUCCUCCCUCCCUCCCUCCCUCCCCUCCUCCCUCCCUCCCCUCCUCCCUCCCUCCCUCCCUCCCUCCCUCCCUCCCUCCCUCCCUCCCUCCCUCCCCUCCUCCCUCCCUCCAUCCCUCCCUCCCUCUCUCCCUCCCUCCCUCCCUCCCUCCCUCCCUCCCUCCCUCCCUCCCUCCCUCCCUCCCUCCCUCCCUCCCUCCCUCCCUCCCUCCCUCCCUCCCUCCCUCCCUUCCUCCCUCCCUCCCUCCCUUCCUCACGCCCUCCCUCCCACCCUCCCUCCCUCCCUCCCACCCUCCCUCCCUCUCACCACCAGUUGCUUCCCAGCAAUCCGCGGCGCUACAAGUUCUCAUCAGGCCCGAAGCUGCUGCUGCCGCCCUACUCCAUCGCAGACAUCCGAGUGACGUGUGAGCCCUUGCGAGCGCGGCCGUACUGGAACGACAGCAUAAACGUGGAGUGCUACCGCGCGGCUGAUGAAUCCCUGCCGCUCUCCCUCGAUAAUGACGCAGCGCCGCUAACCGGAGUAGCCAAGCUGCGCUUGCCAGUGCUCUUCCAGGACUUGGGCGGCCCUCUCUCCUCCUCCCCCUCCAUCUUCUCCUCCCCGUCCCUCUCUCGCGCCGCCAACACGAGCAUCAGUGGGAGUGCAAGUGCAAGUGCGAGUGCGAGGGCGUCACUAGCGAGUGGCAGUGUGCGCACGGACAGCGCCAGCAGCAGUGUGCUCAACUCAGCAUGCGAUGACUUUAUUGGUGCUGCUCUCAUCGUGGGCGAGGCGCAGGUGAAGCAUCGGAACGAGUUCAUAUCGGAGCUAGGCCGGGCCCUCACGGACAGCAAGAAGCAGGCCAGUGCUCUACUACACGAGGUGGAGGAGCUGAAGUGGCAGCUGGGGCAGGCGCAGCACCAGAGCAAGCACCUCAAGUCACGCGUGACGGACUAUGAGGCGUUGGGGAGGGGCGAGGGGCCAGGCGGUGUAGAUGAGCGCAUAGAGGUGCUGCGCUCACACCUUGCAGAGGCGGAAUGGAACGCGGAGCAGGCAGCAACAGACGUGUGGGAGAAGGACAAGGAGAUCAAGGACCUCAAGGCCAAGCUGGCGUCCAUGGAGUUGGAACUGCACGCAAUGACAGAGCGGGAGGAGGCGGUGGUGGCACUGCAGGAGCGCACAGAGGAGAAGCGCGCGGGGCUAGAGGAGGAGCUGGCGCAGGUGCAGGAGGAGAUGCAGCGCGUCACACGGCGCAAGGCAGACAUGGAGGCGGACAUGCGCAAGCGCGUGGCGGAGGCGGAAUCCGCCAUGGCAGCAGCGCAGGCACGGGAGAAGGGGUUGGAGGAGCGGCGCAGGGCGGCGGUGGCGGAGGAGCGGAAGCUCAAGGCGCGCGUGCUAGAGCUCAAGACAGAGGUGGCGCGCGCUGGCACGCACAGCAGCACCUCCUUCAAGGCUGUGGCUCAGGUGGCAGCGCUGCGGUUCCAGAAGGAGCGCUUGCUGCGGGAGAAGGAGAACCUCGAGAAGAAGCUCAAGGCACACACGCAGGAGAUGCUGGAAGCAGAGAGGAGCGCAGCAGCAGAGGCAGUGACACAGCGAGAGGCGAUGAGGGGAGAGGUGGAGGAGUUGAGACGGGAGGUGGAGGCAUUGAGUGCUCGCAGCAAGGAGGAGGCCAACGGGCAGCAAGCAGAGGAGCAGGAUCCGAUAGCGAGUGCAUCGGAGGAGGAGUUGAGGGAGCAGCUGCAGAGCGCAUUGGAGCAGUGGGACAAGACCAAGAACUUCUCCCGCCUCCUACAGGGGCAGGUGUUUGAGCAGAAGAAGCGUAUAAGAGAGCUCGAGGGGGAACUCAAGCGGUCAGACGCAGGCCCGCUAAAGGAGCGCCUGGAGAAGGUGGAGGAGGAGGCACGUGCACUUGGGCAGUAUGUGGAGCAGCUGGAGCGGGAGAGGGCACAGGGCGGGGCAGACCCAGCAGAGGUGGAGGCGAUGAGGGCGGACCUGCAGGCGAUGCGCGAGGAGGUGGGGCAGCGGCGCAUGGAGCACGAGCACGUCAUGCAGGAGCUGAACAUUAUGCACCGCAACCAUCAGGAGGAGCUCGCCGAGGCUCACCGCCAGCGCGAUGCAGCGACGGGGGAGCUGCGGGCGCUGCAGCGGCAGCUGGAGGAGGAGGAGGAGGCGCGGAUGGAGGCGGAGAGGAGGCGCGUGGAGAGCGAGAGGCGGCGUGCAGCGGUGGAGCAGGAGAGGAACGAGACGGAGAUGGAGGCGAGCACUCUCAAGCAGAAGCUGUCGCGGCUGCAGCGCCAGCUGUCGGAGCUGAACCAUGCACGGAGCAAGAGCGGGGAGCAUGAGGAGCGGUCGGUGAAGGAGCAAGCAGCUAAGGUGGUGCAACUGCAGGGGGAGGUGGAGCGGCUGAGCAAGAUGGGGCAGGAGGCGGAGCGACUCAGGGCUGAAGUCAUGGCCAGGGACGCCAAGAUCAAGGCAGAGGAAGCAACGAUAACACAGUUCGCAUCCAAGCUGGUGAGACCAACUAUCCCUUCUUACCUCACCAAACACUCACACACUUCUCAACCCUCCCACUCAAUUCCUUCCCCUCUCAACUCCCUCCCUCAAUUCCCUACCCUCUCAACUCCCUCCCUCAAUUCCCUACCCUCUCAACUCCCUACACUCUCUACUCACUCCUCCCAUUCCCCUCACCUCAGCUGCGUCAUAUUCCAUUCCAAAACGCUACCCUCCUCCCUUCCAUCCUGCUUCGCCUUGCUACCAUCCCCUGCUCGAUGCACGCACGCUCUGCCAUGCAGGGAGUGUGCUCUUUCUACCUCUAUGGCCAAGGCACGGCAUGGGUGGCAGAGGGAGGUAACAGAAGUGAACGAGACUAUGGAGAGGAAGCUAAGGGAGCAGAGCGCAAUGGAAGCAGCCGUUUACGAUGUACAUACCACUCUCCCCUCUUCUGCUCUUUCCUCCUCUUCUCCUCUUCCUCUCUGCUCCUCUUCUCCUCUUUUCCUUUUCUCCACGUCUCUUCACUCCUGUGACAGCGGUGGAUACGAGGAAGCCAGGGCACGUGGUGAGGCUGAGGAAGAAGACGGCCUACAGCUGUGCCGUGUGCAAACUAGCAGGCAGGGGGCUGUGCUGGCGCUGCACCCACUCCACAAGGAGAAGGAGGAGGAGGAGGAGGAGGAGGAGGAGGAGGAGGAGGAGGAGGAGGAGGAGGAGGAGGAGGAGGAGGAGGAGGAGGAGGAGGAGGAGGAGGAGGAGGAGGAGGAGGAGGAGGAGGAGGAUGAGGAUAAGCAUGCGGUGGUGAGUGGAGAAGGCAGGGAGGUGGGGAAGCAGGGAGGGAAAAAGGGGGAAAGAGGAGAACAAGGGAGGAGGUAA